CAAGUCCGAAUGUCGCGACCCGCAAGAAGGCAAGUCGCCAAGGAUAAAGUAAUCGGCCCUCAUCCCUCUGCAAGAGAUAAACAGCAGUCGGGACAGACUUAUAAUAUCUACUACGACCGAUGGAGUGGAGGUGAUAGUCGAUCUCAGGGCUUAAACAGCAAAAGCAAAGCGCAGUAUCGGUGUGAUCCUAUUAAGGAUUCUGGGACCACCAAAGGGACCUACAACCCUAAUGCAUAUUUUUGUGCCUUCUUUGCUAAAGGAUGCUGCCCUCAUGGAGAAGAUUGUGCAUGGCUGCAUAGGCUACCGACACGUCAGGAUCAUGUUGAGUCUGGACUAGAUGUUUUUGGACGUGAGCGAUAUGAAGAACAUCGGGAGGAUCGAGGUGGUGUGGGAUCUAUGCUAUCCGACACCAAAACACUCUAUGUGGGAAAGAUACAUAUAUCACCAGAUAUGCAAGCCAUUGUUGAAAAACAUUUCAAAGCAUGGGGAGAAAUUGAACGCAUCAAAAUUUUGAAGGAUAAGGGGGUCGCAUUUGUAACGUAUCAGAGCCGACUGAAUGCAGAGUUUGCUAAAGUGGCCAUGACAGAUCAAUCUUUGGACCAUGGAGAGAUCCUUAACAUCAGAUGGGCGACAGAAGAUCCCAAUCCAAGGUCACAAGCGAUAGCAAAGCGAAAAGCAGUGGAGAUGGCGCGUGAAGCUAUCGAGUCCAAAAUAUCGGGGGAUUAUAAGCAGGCACAACAUCUUCCUGGUUCCGAAGAAGCCAUUAUCGAACAAUCAGAGAAACGACAACGCUAUGACACCAACUUGAAAGAGACUCAACAAUCGCAGCCAACAUUAUACAUUGGAGCAGACGGUCUGUACUAUUAUGACUAUGGUGAUUAUGGGUAUAAUUUUGAGACACAACAAUAUGAUCCAGGUCGCUUGAGUCAUUCUCAAGAGCACAAUAAAAACAGCAUCCAACAAAGUCAGCUCCAGGAAGAGUCAAAAGUGCCUUCACUCCAAGAACGAAUCAAAGCAUCACUAUUAACCUCCGCAAAUGCAGCGCCAAACCCCUCAUUAGCUAUAAGCGCCAAGGACAAAAAACCAGUGCCCGUAAAGUCUGCUCUAAGCGCUCUAGCCGGAUAUAGUUCAGAUUCCGAGAGCGGAAGCGAGUCGUAA